AGCUCUUCUCUGUGAGAGAGACCUGCGGCUGCCUCCUUCCUUUGGCUCCUUGGGUGUCUUUAUCUGAGCAUCACUUUUGCCUCCACUAUGACGCCCCUGAGCCUCCAGAAAGUGUCUCCAUCAGCUUUGUAAACCACACUGGGAUGAUGUUUGAGAAUCAGCAGUACACCCUGCAGUGUAGCGUACAGAACGUAGCUCCUGUUCAGAGCCUCACUGUGACCUUCUACAGAGGAAACACAGCACUGGGUCACCUACAGUCCAACAGUGAACAGAAGAAACCAGUGAAUGAGACCUUUACUCUGAACAUCACUCCCAGUAGAGAACAUGAUGGAGCCCAGUACUGGUGCGAAACCAAGCUGGAGCUGGGACCAGAUGGACCACAGCGUCCCCCAGUGGUGACAUCAGAAAAACUCCCUGCUAUAGUUCACUAUGGGCCUGAGCUAAAGGAGCCACCAAAUCCAGAUGUGAUCACAAUCACAGAAGGAGACACUCUACACCUGAACUGCUCCUCUGUGGGAAACCCCAGCCCCUCAUACACCUGGACACUUCCAACAAAUAGUCCUUCCUACAGUGGCAGCGUUCUCACUAUUAAAUCUGUCGGCUUUGAGCAUGAAGGACAGUAUAUCUGCACUGUGAGCAACACAGUAGGGACUGUCACCAAGGAGUUUAACAUUGAUGUACAAGUCAACUCCAUCCCAUAUAUAAUAGCUGGGAUGAUACUGGGAGCUCUGGUCCUUGUCGGACUGUCAGUGGGAUGCUACUGCAAACACAACUGAAUGGGACACAGCAAACUCAGUAAAAU